AUGGCAACCUGGUCCGAGAAGAAGUUACAGAACCGCAGCUUGCAAAUUCUCCAAGCUGCAACUGAGGGUAAAUAUGGAGUUCUUGCGGCUGUGGCAUAUAACAUUGAGCAUCUCACCGCUCUCGUGAGAGCAGCAGAAGCAAAAAAGUCACCAAUGCUCAUUCUCUUGUUUCCCUCGACCGUCAAGCAGCUCCCAACUUUGCCAUGGGCUGUCGCUGCAGCCAUCAAGUCAGCCAAGGUGCCCCUUGCGCUGCAUCUUGACCAUGCUCAAGAUGAGGAGCAAAUUCGGGAAAUUGCAGCGACUCUGCCUUUUGACUCCAUCAUGGUAGACAUGAGCCACUAUGACCACGAAGACAACCUUGCCAAGACCAAGGUGCUCACCAGGGUCUGCCACGAUCAUGGUAUUGCCGUUGAGGCCGAGAGCGGUCGUAUCAAUGGUGGCGAGGACGGUAUCGCAGAUACUGGAGAUUUGGAAGCCCUUUUCACAAGCCCGGAGGAGGUUGAGGACUUCAUUGACGCUGAGAUCGAUCUCUUGGCACCUAGCAUCGGCAACAUCCAUGGUGACUACGGUCCCAAGGGUCCUGAGCUCGACUUCGAUCGGCUGGCAAACAUCAAUAAACAAAUCAACAAACGCGUCCUGAUGGCGCUGCACGGUACCAACGACUUCAGCGCUGACAUUCUGAAACAAUGCAUCAACAAUGGUGCAAUCAAACUGAAUGUGAACAAGCUCCUGCUCGAGGUCUGGAACAUCCACCUAAAAGAGAAUGCCAGCAAGCCGUUGUCACAGUUGAUGGAGGACGGCAUGAACAUUCUUCAGCAGGAGGUUGAGCGAUGGAUCGACAUCUGCGGUAGUGCUGGAAGAGCGUGA